CAGCGCGCGCUCAUCCUCGAUUAUCUAUGUCACAACUGUUAUACUCGCACGGCCCGAGCUUUUGCGAGAGAUAGCACCGUCCAGCAUCUGAACGCGGAUGGUGAUGAAGUGAUCCGGCCGAAGGGAGAAGGGGAUUCUGUCGGCAUCACAGACGAGGAUCUAGAACAGGUCGAAUUGCGGCGAGAGGUGCAACAGAAGUUGCUCUUGGGUGAUGUAGACAACGCGACGAGCCUGCUGAACGAGCGCUACCCCUCCGUGCUUUCCACCUCAAAACUGCCCCCACCUGGGUCACCUCGCAUCCUAGACCCACACAUCAAAGUAUCCUCUUCUUCAUUCAUCAACAUUCGUUCUAUCACGCCCUCUUCUGUCGACCCAUCCAUCCUCGCGCUUGAACUCCGCUUCCUAGCGUUCAUCGAAACUGCUCGCACAGAACCACUCCCCCCGCCAGCCCAGUCUCAUCUCAAUGCGCCCGAUUCACGACCAGCCUCCCCCAAUUAUCUUCGCAAUGGCAGACUAGACGUAGAUCCCGAUGAGCGCCUGCUCCAACUGUACGAAUCUGCCCGUGCGCUGUACGAAUUCGUGCAAGAACUUGAAAAUCCUGAGCAGCGUGCAGACUACCAAGAGCCGCUGGAGCGCAUAGGCAGCCUCAUUGCGUACAAAAUUCCAGAGAAGAGUCCCGUCAAAUUCUACAUGGAGCAGGCGCGAAGAGAUUCCGUGGCAGAUCAGAUAAAUAGUGCUGUUCUGUUUAGGAUGGGUCGUCCAGCACUCUCAUACCUGGAGCUGUAUGUUCGAUACACGACAGUUGUCUGGAAAUUCUUGAACGAGUUGAAUGUCAAAGCUCCCGCUGCUGCCAAUGUGCCUCACGGAGUCAAAUUGCCUCCGCGGCGAAGAAGCACUGUUGGUGCGACUAGCUCACCCUCAAAAGACCCUUUCGUUGAUAAGGACAAUCCUGAAGUAAGGGCAGCUCUUGUUCGAAUCUUGUAG